AUAUUAUUUUUUUAUUGAAUGCGUGGUAAUACAAUCGAAUUCAUCAUACUCCUUAAUUCUUACACGGUCGUUGUUUUCUCUAAAUUUUGUUAAAGUUGUACACUUUUUAAAUGUGCCUAAUGUAUUAUCCAUGUUUGUUCGUUUUUACGUAUUAUUAAAUUUUUUGUACCAUUAAUUGCUACUUUGAUGUUUAAUUAUAGCCAAUCCUUGUCGUAAAAAUUAAUUCAUUUGAAAAGACUCGUCCAAACUGGUGAUUAUAAAGAUUGACGUUAGAGCGACUAUCGUUUUUUCAUAGAAGAAGAAGGAUGGCUAACUCGUAUGAUAUUGAUGAGAUUAAAACAAACCUGAAGGCAACAAUUACCUCUAACAAAGGAGGUGUUGAUAUUUCCAUGGUUGAAAAGGAUUAUUUAAAUAUUGUUGGGGAACCUUUGCCUUACAAUAAAUUAGGUUUCAAAAAUAUUAUUGAUUUCAUCAAAUCUCUUGGAACAUUUAAUUUGGAAAAACGCGGUCCGAGUAUUAUAGUUCAUUGCAUGAGUAGUGACAAGACACAACAUUUAGAAAAAAUGAUUCAACGCCAAAAAAGUGUAAAGAAGAAAUCUAAACGUAAGAAGCAAUCAUCAUAUUAUGGCUCAAACGCCAUGAAUAAAAUCAACUAUUACAAAUCUAGUCAAUCCGUGCAAAUGUUUCAUUCCAAAAAAUUACCAUACAGUAGUAAUACUCAUAAAGCAUCCUACAACAACUAUUCCAAAAUACCAUCAUAUAAUAACCAUAGCAAAACAUCAUCAUAUAAUAACUAUGCUAAAGCGACUACUUAUAAUAAUCGUGGCGCAUCAUCUUAUAGCGUUAAUACUAAGACUCAAUCUUAUAACAGUUUUGCUAAAACAUCAUCAAAUAAUUCUUACAAUAAGAAACCUGUUACUAAUUCAGCUUCUACUCAAUAUAACAACAAAAGUGCCAAAACUCCUAUUACAAAUUGUAAAACUGAAGUUUCCAAAUCCAUUGUAACAAUCUCUCAGAGUUCAUUUGACGUGAAACCCAAUGUUGCCAUUGAAGCUGUGAAAAAUGUGUCUGUCACUCCUACAAAAGCAUCAUCUUUAUCUAACAAUUUUGUUUUGAAACCGCAGUCUGCACAAAGUAGAUUAGAAAAAUUUGUAAAAAAACAAAUUAGUUCCUUGGAGAAUAGUGAGAAAAAUAGUGAUUUAGAUGACCCAAUUUUAAAAGAUAAUGAUAUAUGCAUUAAUAAUGGCUAUUCGACUACGCCAUUACUCAAGCUUUUGAACACUACAAAAAGUUUUGUUGAUAAAAUAGCAAAACUUGAACUAAUGAUGCAGUGCCAUUGUAAUACAACUGCACCAUGCACUAAACUGAAAUUUGAUGAUGAAUCAAAAAUGUCUAAACCUGUAAUAAUUGAUAGAAGCAGGUUAUUUAAAAAGCCUGAAUCUACUGAAAAUAAUGAAUCAAAAGGAAUUUGUAAGUCUGAAGAUAAAAAUGAAUAUUUCGAUUCUAUCAUUGCUCAACAAACUCUUCAGAAUAAAGAAAAGGGAACAAUUAAAGCUGUUUAUAGUUAUUGCAGUAUCUGGAUAGUAUUAGAUGAUGUCUGCUUUAAGGAAAAGUAUCUAACAAUGCAAAGGAAUUUAAAUAUAUUUAUGUCAAAUAAUUAUUCAAAAAAAGUAAUAAAUGAUAUAAAAGAAAAUAGAUACUAUGCUUUUUAUGAUUCAAUAGAAUGGCAUAGAAUAAUUGUUAAAAACUUUCUUAUAAAUGGCAAAGUAGAAGUAUUUUUUAUAGACACAGGAAAAUCUAAAUGUGUACUUAAGGAUCAGAUUUAUCAUUUAGAUGCAGAAUAUUAUAAAAUCGAAGCUCAGGCUAUUGAAUUUUCAUUAGGAAAAUUUAAAUCAAUCAGUGAAUUUCAAAUUUUCAAAGAUUUACUAGUUCAAACUCUGGUUGACAAAAAGUUCAUUGUUUCUCCUAAUAAUGUUACAUCAACCCCAUCUACAAUAAAUAUCUUUGAUGCUGAAACUCUGGCUAACAUAUAUGAUGUUGUUAUUAAUAAAUUUAUAGAAAUUUGUACGCCAAGGUUGAAUUCAUCAACUGAAGAAAAUGUAAUUGAAGCUAAAGUUAUGUCAAUUGUGGAUGGUUAUUGGUACAUUCAACUUAAAGAUAGUGUUUUGUUACCAUUAUUUGAAAAGUUAUUUUCGGAAGAUGAAUUUUCAUCACCAUGUCUAAGAAAUAUAAGGGAUGUAAACUAUAAAAAUGUUUAUUUAACUAAUUUGACUGACAAAAUUAAAGGACGAGUGAAAGUGUUGCAUUUAGUUGAUGAAAGUCGAGUUAAAGUAUUUUUUAUUGAUUAUGGAAAAAGUAAAAUUGUAAAUAGUAAAGAUUUAGUAGAAGUUAACAAAAUUGAACCACUUAUUGCAAGAUUACCAUAUCAAGCAAUGAAAAUAGUUUUACAAUUGUUCUCGCCCAAUUGUGUGACUGACAAAACAAUAGAAUUAUUCUAUCAGAUAGUCGGUGAAUCUGAAUUACCGGUUGUUGGUUUGUUGAAUGUUUCUUAUCAUGAUAAGUAUAAAGCUCCAUGUGCUCAAUUCUGCAGCAAGUUGUAUCCCAAUACAAUUCUGAACAUGGUUUUGUAUAAACGGCUUCAAGAUUCCAAGAAAUAAAAAUUGAAUUGAGUUAUUACUUAUUUUUGUUGUGAGAUCAUUAAUUUUGUUAUUAUUCUUAUUAAUGAAAUUUGUUUUAUAAUAAUGUUUUCUAAUUUUGGUGAUUGAUAAUCAAUUUUUUUUUAGAUUUAUGACUAAUCAUGAUUAUUAAAUAAAUAGUUUUAUUUAAUUGAUUUUCAACAAA